AUGAUCAACUCCGUCGCCCUCUUGGCCCUUGUUGCCAGCCCGGCCUUCGCCGGUGUCAUGCAGGCUCGUGGUGAGGACUUCAUCGUCCCCGCCGCUCAGAGCUCCGCUGUCGCUCCUCACCACACCGAGAGCUGGGGUGAGCACGAGACCUGGACUCGUCCCACCGAGUCUUGGACCUCCCCCUGCACCACCUCUACCACCCCGGUUGAGACGCACACCAAGCCUCACCACACCACCCACACCACCCCGGUCGAGACUCACACCAAGCCUCACCACACCACCCACACCACCCCGGUUGAGACUCACACCAAGCCUCACCACACCGAGACUACCCCCGAGGUCACCCACACCAAGCCUCACCCUACCAAGUCUCACCACACUCCCCCUGUGCACCCUGGUACCACCAAGACCCUCACCAUCGUGACCACCACCUGCCCUGUCUCCUCCUCCAUUGUCACCUCUGGCUCGCAGACUUACACCGUCCCUGUCACCGGUACUGAGACCAUCACCAUCACCUCCACCACUGUCUGCACUCACUGCGAGAACAUCCCUGUCACCACCCACCCGGCUCCUCUCCCCGCCACCAGCGCCCCCGUCAAGCCCACCAGCGCUGUGAUCGUCCCUCCCCAGAAGCCUGCUUCCUCCAAGCCCGUUGUGCCCGUUGUGCCUGCUCAGCCUUCCAACCCCGCUGUUCCUGCUCAGCCCUCCAACCCCGCUGUUCCUGCUAAGCCCUCCAACCCUGCUGUCCCUGCUCAGCCCUCCAACCCUGCUGUCCCUGCUCAGCCCUCCAACCCUGCUGUCCCUGCUCAGCCCUCCAACCCCGCUGUCCCUGCUCAGCCCUCCAACCCCGCUGUCCCUGCUCAGCCUUCCAACCCCUCUGUGCCUGCCCAGCCUUCCAACCCCUCUGUCCCUGCCCAGUCUUCCAGCCCCUCCAGCCCCUCCACUCCUGAGCAGCCCUCCAACCCCUCCACCCCGGAGCAGCCUUCCACUCCUGUCACUCCCCAGGAGUCCUCCACCCCCCUCCACCCCCGGUAG